AUGGUCGUAAACAGUCAACGCGCGCCUGAACUUCAGUCAUCACAAAACGAUUUGUAUUUUUUAUUCGCUUACAGUAUUUACAACUUCAGACUUUAGACCAUGUUAUUAUCGUGCUGCGCAAUGCUCCCCGGUGCUUAAAACCACCGACUGGUCUGCGCAGGCGUGAGAGGACUGCAAUAAAAGUCAAAUCAAAUGAACGUUAAAGGCAGGUAUACAAAGCUAUGAGUGACAGUAUCGCUGUGUCAGCGCUGGAGCUGCUGUCUGCGCAGUAGUAAAUUGGAAGCACAGAGAGAGACAGCGAGGACUAAAGAGGACGCUAAACUAUAACAGUAAACCAUGUCGAAACCAGGCAGUGCCAGGGGCCAACCCCACACUGAGAAGAAGCGGUUCAUCAGUGGAGUAGUGGAAGGUUUUUAUGGGCGACCAUGGACUAUGGGGCAGAGAACAGAGCUGUUUAAAAGAGAACAGAAGUGGGGUUUGAACACGUACCUGUACGCCCCUAAGGAUGACUACAAACACAGGAUGUACUGGAGGGACCUGUACUCUGCUGAGGAGGCAGAGCAACUCAUCGCUCUGAUAUCGGCAGCUAAACAGCACGACGUCGAGUUCAUCUACGCAAUCUCUCCCGGCCUGGACAUUACGUUCUCUAACCCCAAAGAGGUUGGCGCCCUGCAGAGGAAACUGGAUCAGGUGAGGCAGUUUGGCUGCAGGUCCUUCUCUUUACUGUUUGAUGACAUCGAGACUGAGAUGUGUCCAGCUGAUAAGCAGGCCUUCAGCUCCUUCGCUCACGCUCAGGUGGCCGUCACUAAUGCGGUGUACCAGCACCUGGGAGACCCUGAGACCUUCCUCUUCUGUCCUACAGAUUAUUGUGCUGCGUUCUGUACUCCCAACGUGUCCCAGUCCUCUUACCUGCACACCGUGGGAGAGAAGCUGCUGCCUGGGAUAGACAUACUGUGGACUGGUCCCAAAGUGGUAUCCCACAAAAUCUCUGUUGAGUCCAUAGAAGAGGUGUCCUCCGUCCUGAGGAGGGCACCAGUCAUCUGGGACAAUAUCCACGCAAACGACUAUGACCCCCAAAGGCUUUUCCUAGGACCCUUUAAGGAUCGUCCCACUGAGCUGAUUCCCAAACUGGGAGGAGUGCUCACCAAUCCCAACUGUGAGUUCUACCCAAACUUUGUGGCCAUCCACACCUUGGCUACAUGGUGCAAAGCAACCGCAGAUGGAGGACAGAGGGAUGUGGAAAUGAGCGAUGAGGAGCACGACCCCUGCUACAGCCCCAAGAAAGCCCUGACCCUGGCCCUCACUGACUGGCUGCAGGAGUUUCUGAACACCGAUCAACCUGGAGCUCGUCUCAAGAAGGAGUCAUCGGGUGAGGAGCCCAUGCAGACAGAUGGGGGAGAGACCCCCCAUGUUCCUGGACCUGGGGAGAACCCGCUGUACACAGCCGAGCCCCUCACCCUGGAUGACUUGAAGCUGCUGUCGGACCUCUUCUACCUGCCGUACGAAUACGGGCCGACAGCCAGGACCAUGCUGCAGGAGCUGGACUGGCUCAGGAAACACAGUUGGGCCGCCGCUGCAGAGACAGACAAGACUGCGGAGUGGUGCUCAAGAGCGCAGCAGUUUGACGGCAUGUGCGAAGCGGUGGUGCAGAUGUUUAAUCGACUGUCAAACGCCCCGAACCGCUGCAUUCUGUACGACCUCUACAACUACAUCUGUGACAUCAAGAGUGGGGUCGGUCUGGCUCGAGCCUACGUGAAAGCACUAGGAGGGCAGGGUCGCCCCUCAGCCCAGCUGAUGAACACCGAUCCUGAACCCUGGGGCUUCAGAGGAGGCCUCUCUGGAGAGUUCCAGAGAAUGCUGCCUUGCCACGGAAACAGGGACCUGUUCAGAGAGCCUCCCAUGUCGGCUGUUUACUGCAUACGGCCAUACUGCCCUGAGGACAAGACGGAGGUGCAAAGGAUUUUCAGAGAGAUGCAGAGCGCAGGAGAGGGCAAAGUUCCCUUGACGAUGCAGCCUCCACUCAUCUGUGACGGCCUGUCAGCUGGUGAGAUCUCCCCUUCCCCUCAGUGUGCUCUCGUCCUGGAGGACGAGAUCGGGGUGUGUGGUUACGCCCUGGCACUCACCGACGCCAAACCAGCCGCAGGCAAAAUUCAGAGGGCAGUAAGUGACUCCGUGUUUAAGGACUUCCCCUCCCUGGUUACCAUGCAAGUGCUGCCCCGGGUCACUGAUCCCUCUCCAGCCAAGCGCAUGAUUGGUCGGCUGUUGUCCUCCGUCAGGAGCAGUGGUUCCAGAGGAGUGUUCUGUGAGCUGAGGCAGAGCGAUCGGAGGAUGAUCGACUUCUACACUAAACUGGGCUCCUUCGUACCCAUACAAAUGGCCGGUCUACCUCAAGACAUACUUGCAUUGGGAACAAGCCUGUGAACAAGAUCAAUCACGAGGAUUUUGCUCAGGUUUGAAAUGUUUAGAGAUAAAACUGAAUAAUUGCUAACUUUGCAGCAUGUCAAACUUAAAUCACUCCUCAUUUUUGAUCAGUUAAUAUCGUUAUUUGGGUAAUUUAGUAACCAUAAUGUCCUCCUGCAAGGUUUUAAAUUAGUCAAGCAAAUGCUUGAUGAAAUGUGUGCAACAAAGUACUGUAUAAUGAUGGAAAAUGUAAUGCUACUGAUUUUGUAGACAUGAACAUUUUAAGUGUGUAGUGAUUAUUUAGAUGAAUGUGUUUUAACCCAGCAACAAUGUUGACAUGUUUAUACCACCUUACGUUUCUGUUUAGUUACAUCUGGCAGACACAUUACAAACAAAAUGUAUACAUAACAAGACAUUCAAACAAGAAUAUAUUUUCAUUAUUUGUAUUUUGAGAGUAUACAAAAUGAAUAUAUGUAUAUAAAUAAAAUAGCUGGUGUGUCA